AUGUCACAAGCUUCAAAUACUUCCUUCAAAUUUUUUGCUUUGGGCGGUGGGAAUGAAGUUGGGAGGUCAUGCCAUAUCAUACAAUACAAGGGUAAAACUAUAAUGCUCGACGCUGGGGUGCAUCCAGCCUACCAAGGUAUGGCAUCUUUGCCGUUUUAUGAUGACUUUGAUCUUUCUACCGUGGACAUCUUGUUAAUAUCCCAUUUCCAUUUGGACCAUGCCGCGUCUUUGCCGUACGUAAUGCAACGAACGCCAUUUAAAGGCCGAGUGUUUAUGACACAUCCUACGAAGGCAAUCUAUAGAUGGUUACUAAGAGAUUUCGUUAGAGUCACUGCUAUUGGUGUUGACUCAACUUUGGCAGCAGAGGAGUCUCUGUACACAGAUGAGGAUCUUGCGGAAUCCUUUGACAAGAUUGAAACCAUUGAUUAUCAUUCCACUGUAGAAGUUAACGGGAUCAAGUUUACUGCGUAUCAUGCCGGACAUGUUUUGGGUGCAGCUAUGUUUCAAAUUGAAAUUGCUGGCCUAAAGAUUCUUUUUACGGGUGACUACUCCAGGGAAAUGGAUCGUCAUUUGAAUUCGGCUGAAGUUCCUCCACAGUCAUCGGAUAUUUUGGUUGUGGAAUCCACCUUCGGUACAGCUACACAUGAACCUCGUCUACAUAGGGAAAAUAAGCUUACUCAACUAAUACAUACGACGGUUGGUAGGGGUGGGAGAGUUCUGAUGCCGGUGUUUGCUCUUGGGAGGGCGCAGGAAUUGAUGCUUAUAUUAGACGAAUAUUGGCAAAAACAUUCCGAUGAGUUGGGCAGCGGGCAAGUUCCAAUAUUUUACGCAUCUGAUCUUGCAAGAAAGUGUAUGAGCGUUUUCCAGACUUACGUGAAUAUGAUGAACGACGAUAUACGGAAAAAGUUCAGAGACUCUCAAACGAAUCCGUUCAUCUUCAAGAACAUAUCAUAUCUGAAAAACCUGGAGGAAUUCCAGGAUUUUGGACCCAGUGUCAUGUUAGCAUCGCCAGGCAUGCUUCAAAGUGGAUUAUCGCGAGAUCUUUUGGAAAAGUGGUGCCCUGAGCAAAAAAACCUGGUUUUGAUUACUGGUUACUCGGUGGAAGGUACAAUGGCGAAGUACAUAAUGUUGGAGCCGGAUACCAUUCCUGCUAUAGGGAAUCCUGAGAUUAAUAUCCCAAGGCGUUGUCAAGUAGAAGAAAUAUCUUUCGCCGCGCACGUUGAUUUCCAGGAAAACUUAGAGUUCAUCGAGAAAAUCAAUGCACAAAAUAUCAUUUUGGUUCAUGGUGAAUCUAAUCCCAUGGGGAGAUUGAAGUCGGCCCUGUUAUCCAACUUUUCUUCCACUAAAGGAACAGAUAAUGAGGUUCAUGUAUACAAUCCAAGAAACUGUGUCGAAGUUGCCUUGGAAUACAAGGGUAUCAAGGUUGCGAAGGCGGUAGGUAAUAUUGUCGAUGAGGUCUUACAAAAAGAGGAGAAGUUUGUUUCCAAGAAUUCUAAGGACAGUGAUGUUGGUUUAAAGAUGGAAGAAACAGAAGUUGAGGGAGAGGAAGUAACGACAGUCGGUGAAAACGACAAAAUAAAAGCAGAGGCAACGACGGCCGAUGAAAACAAGAAAACAGAGACAGAAGCGACGACGGCCAAUGAAGACGGCAAAAUAAAAAAAGAAACAACUGCUAGUGUCGAGGCUACGCCCGAGCAAGAAGAUAUAGUCAUUUCAGGAAUUCUUGUUUCUGAUGACAAAAAUUUUGAUCUGACCCUGGUGUCUUUGUCGGAUUUGCGAGAGCACCACACGGAACUCUCGACGACUGUAUUGAGAGAAAGACAGACCAUGAUGGUGAACUGUAAAAAGGAACUGGUAUACUGGCAUUUGUGUCAAAUGUUUGGUGACAUCACUGUUGAACGAGACGAUAGCGGAGUUACAAACCAAGAAGUGUCAAAGAUAGAAAACAAGUCAUCCCCAGAAAGUGAAAAGUUGGUCCUCCAAAUAAUGGGAGACAUUCGGGUGACGCUUAUCGAUAAUAUGGCAGUAUUGGAAUGGAAUCAAGGUUUGAUAAGUGAUACUAUCGCCGAUUCUAUCGUAACCAUUCUUAUGAGUGUUGAUUCCGCGCCUGCCAGUGUGAAAAUGAGCAGUCACUCGUGCUCCCAUCAACAUGGACACGAGCACGCGCAUGAACACGAAGAAAAUGACGCCGUAAUACAGCAGGAACGUGCAUGGAAGAUAAAAAAACUUGUCAACCUUUUCAAGGAGCAAUUUGGGGAUGCAUUUACACUAAUGCUUCGGAAGGACGAGACCGUUGUGCCCAGUCAAAAGGAAGAUAUUAUGGGUGAAAUUACUAUGGGUAAGGCUUCAGCCAAGAUAAAUUUCACCCAAAUGAAGGUGGAAGAAUGUAACUCUAACCCCUUGAAGGGCAGAGUGGAGAGUAUCAUGGAGAUUGGUGCUAGUUUAGUGUCCAGUUUAUGCUGA